AGGUUAUAAUCAUUGUUGCAGUUGAGUUAGUAGAGUUUUAUUCCUACAAUCCUACAUUUUUCCUUCAGCCUGUGGUUUUAGUCGUUUAAUUUUACAUUAUCCAAUUGAAACCAAAGUAUUCAUCUCAGUUCCACCGUUUUAUGACUAUUUGUGUCGCGUUUUCUUGAUUUUCUACUUUCAAGCCCCGUCUACAAAACACAAUUUAUCAGAUGACAUUGAUACCAAAUAUCUAGAUAGAACAUGGUGAGCACACCUGGGCGGAAACAAGGCAAAAAUGGAAGGAACUUGAAAGCGAUUCGUCUUGAAAAGCGGCGCAGGUGUGAGAAAUAUCUCAAGGAAUUGCUGGCAAAAAAGGGGAAACGUGAGUAUACAUUGCACCCAAAAACACCUCAAGAAUAUGAGUAUGAAUAUGAGCCUGACCUUCCGUGCUCAGCUUGGCAAGACUACUUAAACUGUUUCUAUGAAGAGAGUGAAUCCGACCAAAGUAUUAAAAAUCACAUCGAUGAGAAGAGUAAUGAAACUACAGUUUCAAAAUCACAAGACUUUGAUACCCCUGCAAAGGUAAAGUACAAUCAAUACGAAAAAUUGUUAGUAGCUGACAAUGGGGUCAAAAUCAAAGAAGAAAAGCUUGAUUGUGUAAAGUUGAGUCCAAAUAUCCCUGAAGAUACCUCAGAGAUAGAAGAAACUGAUUUUGAAUGGAGCGAUAGUGAAAUUAACAACUUAUUCACUACUGUAAAGCAAAUUGAUGAAAGUGACUCUAAAGAGGAAGAUGAAGAAGAUGAUGAAGAUCCGAUAAUGGAAGAGGAUCUUGCAUUCAAUUUUAAACACUCGAAACGGAAAAAAUUUGAGUACAGAUCUUAUCUCUCACCGUUUGAGGUGAAAUUUGUCUUAAAUGAGACAGCGAAUCCAAAAAAAUCAUGUCGUACUGAUCUGAGGAGUAAUAAUCUUGGAGUUGAAUGCAAGAGCUACUAUCAGAAGCAUCGACGAAAAAAGAAUCUUGGCCCACGACCUUUUCAGUGCUCCUUGUGUGGUGCCAGAUUCAUGACAAAGAGUAACCUGAAGGCACACAGCGAAAUUGUCCACUCGGAAGAGAGGAAUCAUGAGUGUGAAGACUGUGGUUUAAAGUUUAAGACCAAAUAUCAUCUCAAAACACAUUGUAUGAAUAUUCACAGAAAAUAUAAAUCUCUGACCGCUGCAACCAAUGAGAACCGCUACCCUAAAAGAGAGCGAAUGAAGGUCUCAGAAAAACUCAGCUUAACCUGUUCUUUGUGUGGUGUGGUUUUGAAUAAUCGAAGACUGCUCAAUAUGCACAUGGUUGUUGCUCAUACUAAAAAGUGCCCAAAAAAUUCAAAUAUGAAAAGUCAUCAAUCUACUGGGAAACCAAAUUCAAGUCGUAGGGCUUACAAUUUGCGCGAAACGGUUGAUUACAAUCAGCCUGUGAAAAGAAUUGUGAGACGACCACCCUCGCCUUCUGAAGAAAUUAGAAUCUUCGACUGCAAUGACUGCUCCGCUUUUUACAGUAGUAAGUGCCUUUUGAAAAAUCAUAUACUGGAAAAUCACUUGUUUUAUCACUGCGAAGUCUUUAAUUGUGGCCUUGUGUUCAAAAAGAAAGCUAAUCUACAACGCCAUAAUCACCGUGUUCACUCAAAAAUAACUCUAAAUGAGAAAGUGGCCCGCAAGAAAAUGAAAAAGAAGAACUUUCAUCAUCGUCGGGGACGACCGAAAUCUAGCACCACAGCCUCUGCUCCUAAGUUUGAGUGUGAUUAUUGUAAAGUUAAAUUUGCCUAUAAAAAAGUUCUUUUGCGGCAUAUUCUUCAAUAUCACCCUUCAGAAUCGGAGAGCAACAAUUCGAAUGUUUCUUAUACCUCAAAUUUUACUCCCAAAAUCAAACGGCAAACCCCUGGUCGGCCACUCGAUCCCACCAUUUCUCAAAGAAGGCACAAGUGCAACAAGUGUCCCAUGGCUUUCAAAACUCGCUCUCAUUUGCAAGCCCAUGACCUGCAAAGGCACUCUGAAGAACGAAGGUUUGUUUGUCCUUUUUGCAACGCUAAAUUCAAAAUGAAUGGGAUUCUCAAAACUCAUAUGCUUCGUCUGCAUGGCUCCUAAGUAUUUUUUUGUAUAUAUCUAGUAAAAUUAUUUUAGUCGAAUUUUAUUUUACACAGCUGAGUUUCUCUGUUUUUUAUUUUGUACUUUUUAAGUGAUUUAAUUCUUUUAUAUUACCGUAUCCUACAUAAAUCAUUCUGAGUAUUACGUAAUCUACACUUAUCCUACUUUUAUCAGACAAAGAUCUAAACAUCUGCAAAAGGAAAUACUACCGAGUUGAAGAGAGUCAAACAAGGAGAAAAUAGAAUUGCCUGUAAAGUUUCUUGAAUUAAGCUCUAGAUUUUCAUGGAAAUUUCCACACACUCCUACAUGUUUGUAAUGAGCACUGCAAGCAAUUUUUUAGUUUUUUUUCGGUCCAUUCGUCUUUUCUGUUUUUUCUUUUUUUAUGUGUGUGUGAAUGCUCAGGUUCAGUAACCAAAGGAAAUAAUGGAGAACAUAUAGUGGAUCCUACUUCUUUGAUGAAUCGACUUCUUUGACUUUAUUUGGCUCUCUAAAUUAAAAUUACCACUGUUCUCCUCCAAAAAGAGGCUCCUCUCCAGGGGGAAAGAUGAAAAUUUCAAAGAAUAUCCAUUCUUACCAAGUUUUGUGAAAGUAAUCUUAUCUUCCUAUCUUGAUUUUUCACCCAAGUAGGAAAAGUUGCCUUUAAAAUGGAAGAGGAACUCGAUUCUCUCUCUGUUCAGAUACAAUUUCUUUUUUAACUUUUUAUUAAUUGACAGAUUUUUUUUUUUUUUUUUAUCAUGCCUAUUAAGGCUCAAACAUUUACGAAAAAUCUGUUGUCCAGAAGCACUCGGAUCACCCAGAACGCAAGGUCUCUUAAUAGUUUCUUACAAACCAUGACUGCUAACAAAAAAUCAGUUUUAUGUUUGUCCAUAUAAGUUGUGUUGCAUGCUUUUUUGCGAGGUGUAAUAUACUCUGGUCAUGCGUGGAGCUGGUUCCUUUAAAAGAUGAAUAAGUAUCAGUCAUCAGGGUUUCUCCCAUGAAUUUUGCAAGAAACUUAGUGGUGCCAGUAAUUCAAUUCACUAACCACUUCCUAAAUCACAAAAAAAGCCAUCAAGUUCACUGUUUGGUAGCCCCAGACUAAAUUACUGUGUUCAAGUUUAUCUUAAUAAUGAACAUAAUCAUUCAUGCAGACUAUAGGAAAGACAAAUGGAGAAAGGACCCAGUACAUGAGCCAGAUUACCAUGUUGCAUGAUGAAAUAGUUCAGGUUUUACAAUGAGCAACUCUUAAAAUUUUCCUGUAAAGUGAUUCUGCUGCACUGAUCAAGAGUGUAGAAAAUGCCUGAGCGCAUAAACUGAGGCUGGGGCGUGAUUUUUUUUUUCAUUUUUUCUAUGGAUUUUUUUUAUAAAUAAGUGGAAAAACUGGGAAACGUGUUACUUUUUGAAGUAUUUGGUGCAAUAUGUGCUUUUGAUCUUUUUUGCAGAAUAAUACAAUUUUGAAACUGAGAUCGUGAUUAAUUUAUGACCUAAAGAACUUUCUGCAUCCUUAAAUUUGAUCAGCAACAAGUGAGGAGGACAUGAUGUUUUAUGAAAGUGAACUCUCUUACUUACUUUAAUAUUUCGGUAUUAAAUCCACUCUCAGUGGCUCUAUUGAGCUCUCAAGUGCACCUUAUUUUUACUGUCUUUCGACGUAACAUUAUUUUUACUAGCUAAUUGAAAAUAAUAUUUCUUGCAAAAAUUUUUAAAGGGUAGAUUGGUUGAUCCUCCGAAAUUUUGACACUUCAUACAGCUUACUCUCAAUAUCCGUUUUUCUAAUAGGUUUAGUAAGUAAGUCGUCUUCAUAAAAGUUCCUUGAUCAUGAAUUUUAUCAAUCUAUGAAAAGAAUUUAAACUCAUGUUUUAUUUUAAGUACUUCAACUUUUAACAAAAUUUUAAGCAAUCAAAAAUUUACUUAUAGCCCUAACUGUAAAUAUUUCUCAAGACACUGAAAUGUUAGAAGCUAUUCAGCUGUUCCUCGAAUUUGUAGAAGAUUGUAAACUUGUGGGUAGUUCGAUGAGUACUGUAAAAGUUUGUUUUGUCGGACUACGGUCAAAGCAAAAAUAUGUUUAAGGCUUGCUACUAUUGCAUAUUGUCACUUGCACAUUGGUCCAUGUUAAAAACAGUAAGGCAAACGCUGUUCAUAAUUUCGAUCAACUUAAAAUUCUGCUGAGCCAAAAAAUAAUUUUAGAACGCCAUCUCAAAGUUUAUUAAAAUUUAAUAUUCAAUCUAAGGCAAAGUGGCAAAGGCAUGGCGCUAUCAUCAAGUAUCUGUUAAUUUCAUAACGUAAAACCAUGAUCAUUUUGGUAAACAUUUUUCCUCAAAUUUUUUUCGAUCAUAAUUUCAACACAUGAGGCAUUGAAAAUUUUAAAAGAAUGUUUUCCUGCCUAAGUCAUGUCUAUUUCUCAGUACCUUGACAUUUUUUUGUAACAAGUUUUUACCAUCUACCUACAAGUAAAGGACAAGGCCCCUCAAAUUGUAGAUAGGAUAAGUCAACCAUCUAGAUGUGUUCAAAAGACGGAAAUACCUAUGUAUGAAAUAAUAAUCGUGACUGAAUUAUUCCGUUCACCGAUUUUCUCUUAAUCAUCGCUUUUUUAACCCUGUUAAAACUUGCCAAUCAAGGAAGCCGUGAAGGAGUGGAGCAACUGUAUUUUACUUACUUCCAUAAUAUCUUACAACUCCUCUAGGAUUCUUUUUGUCUCCGAUCUCUGCUCUCUCGCUCUGCCUUAAUCAUUUCUCUUUUUUUUUUUUUUACAUCGGAUGUAUUUUUAAGUAAGAACGGGAUUGAAAAUAAAAAGGUUUUUUGGUUUUUCAAAUCAUAAGUUUGUUGAAAUAUAUUAUUUUUAUUUUCAUU